UUAUAAGGCACUCAGUAGUGAUCAGAAAGUGAUGGCAGUUUCGCAAUGGAUUGCGUUCAUUCUAUCAUUCCUAGCAACCAUUUACAACCACAACAUAGAAAUUGUGGAAGCUAAGAUGACAUUUGACAUCGGUGUUAACUAUGGGACGUUGGGGGAUAACCUCCCUUCUCACGAAGACGUGGUUCAGCUCUUCAAAGACAACCAUAUUAACAAGAUGAGGCUGUUCAAUCCUAAUCCGGAGGUACUCAAAGCGCUGAUGGGGCAAGGAAUCUCCAUAGUGCUAGGCAUUCCUAACGAAGACUUAGCCAGUUUGUCAGAAAGUCAAGAAGCUGUGGAUCAAUGGUUUGCUGUCAAUGUACAGCCCUACAUAGAUGACAUUGAAUUCAACUACAUUGCCGUUGGAAACGAGGUUAUACCCGGGGAAUUAGGCAGCUAUGUUUGGCAAGUAAUGCAGUAUCUACAGCACACCAUCGACGAAUACCACUACCAAAGCCUAAAGGUGACCACUGUUUUGCCAGCUACUGCCUUGGGAGUUUCAUAUCCACCUUCAGCCGGUCAGUUCAGCGGAGAGGCUGCCGGUAUCAUGGCUUCCAUUUGUCCCUUUUUGAAUUAUCAAGGGUCGCCCCUUAUGAUCAACGUGUAUCCUUACUUUGCCUAUGCGUCAAAAGCUUCCGAUAUUCCCUUAGACUACGCUCAAUUUACGGCAACAAAACCCUGGUUACAAGAUGGGAACUUGAGCUAUUACAACCUAUUUGAUGCCACAGUUGAUGCUUUUUUCUCAGCAAUAGAGAAAUCCGGGGGACCCGAUGUAGCCGUGGUGGUGUCCGAGAGUGGUUGGCCAUCUGCUGGGAACGGAGAUUUCACUGAUACAGAACUUGCUGGGACGUAUGUUAGAAAUUUCGUAAGACAUAUAACCUCGAACGUAGGAACGCCGAAAAGACCCGGUGCUUACAUAGAAGGCUUCGUCUUUGCAAUGUUUAAUGAGAAUCAGAAACCCAGCGAAGAGGAGCAAAACUUCGGAAUAUUUUAUCCCAACAAGAAACCUGUGUAUCCUGUAUUUUAAUGAUUCAACAAAAUCUAAUAUACAUGCAUUAAUAAAGUCACAUA